CUUAUGCCCAACAAAAUUACAUAUUUCGCCAUGGCACGUAAGGAGAAAAAAGAAGUUUUUCAGAUUUCCGAUGAGGCAGUAACACUUAAACCGGAAUUCGAACCGGAAGCUGAAAUUGACAUCCCUGCUGGAACGUUCAACUCUUGUGAACUCUUGGUCAAAUUUGUGGAUACAACAGAAGACCCUGAAGAUUCUGACGACCCUGAGGUCCCUACGGACCCCGAGGGAGUUGAACAGGAGAGGAAGGAGGGCGAAAAAAAGCCUGAAGAGGAACCAGUCCUAAUGACAAGCAUCCUAGACCUUUCUACCACUGACGGACAACAGCCUAACAAUGAUAUAGAAAUGAAGAUGCCGGUGACUGCAAAAGACCAGUCAGAAGGUGUUGUCGUGCUUACCACAUCAAACCCUGACCCUAAUCUUGAAGAGUGGACGUGGGAUGAACUGCCGGCCGAAAUAGAUGCAGCUGGGAAGGCGGUGUUCAAAAUUAGCCACUUUUCAAUAUAUUCAGGGACUUCGAAGCCCUUAUUUGUUGCUGAUCCUGAAGCUGUGAAAAACACAAUUAGAAAAUCCUUUCUGAAGAUGCGAAGAGUUGAAUUUUUAGUCGCUGUAAAAACACCGGAUUUGGACGAAACAAAAACUGAUAUGGUCAUAAUAUGUGGAACAAAACGUAAAAAUAAGGCGGUGAAGAAUAGAUAUGACAAAAGUUACACAUGGUUCGAACUGGGACCCGAAGCAAAUGAACUAGAGUUUCCUGAGGGACAACUAUUUCAGAUCGAAAUUUGUGGUAAUUUGAAAGAACGAGCCGAUGACGACAUUAUGAAGUUAAUAUUCAAGGGAAGCAAACAAGAGAGUUCUAGGGCCCUUGAGAUCGUCAGUACCUCACCUGAUUCUAUGGAACUGGCAGGGGAGGUACAAAUCUUCAGGGAAACUAAAUGUUUGGCACCGGAUAGAGUAGAGAUGGUCGACAUCGGGUGUUUCUGUAACAAACGCACCAAGGAGACGAGAGUUAGGUCAGAGAUCUGGGAAACCAAAACUGAGUUGCUGUGUACAGUGCCUUUCAACACCACACUGACAAAACGAGAACCUGAACCCCAGCGUCCAGAAUAUACACCAUUAUCAGGGCUCGCAGGACAACCACCACCAUCAGUGACAUGGGGCAAACUGAAGAGCGCCGUCCACAUGCUCUCAGGCGAGGAGGCUAAACAAAUGGGCUACCAGCUCGGACUCAAUGAAGGACUAAUGACACAAGUAGAGAACGAUACGAUGGAGGAAAGAGAUUUAGCCAAGAAUGUAUUAAAUAAAUGGCAUCUACUUCUGGCUCGAAACGAUAUGGUGAAGCAGCUGAAGGAUGCGAUGGAGGCUAUAGGACGCCGAGACAUUAUUCAAAAGAUAAAACAAGAACAGUUUGUCUCAAAAUGAAGUUGUGUCGACAUUCUUCGGUCGCUUCUGUCUUCUGAAAACCAGUUCGACUAUUAAAUUAGACAAUCAAAAUGGUAUUUCAUUUGGUAAAUACUUCCUGUCAAAUGGAAACCAUAUGGAGAGAUGAAAGAAAGCUUUCGUUACAAUUUUGAAUGUAAAUAUUAUGCUUAAUUUCGUGUUAUAACUGGUGUUAUGGCAUUAAUGAGUAAGUAGUUUUUCACGCAUACGAUUGCAGGACUAUGCAUGGAAUCAGUAUAUAGAAUCCCAUAGCGGUAAACAAUACACAAUAUAAAUAUAGUGAUGAUGGUAAGGUCGUUACAAUUACAUAAGGGACAGCAUAGAACUGUGUAUCAUUAAACGUAAAUUUUCAGCAAUCUGAAUGUUAUGGUAUGUCUAGUUUUUUCUCCCUGGUCCCAUUACGCAUAUAGAUGUAUACAAUGUAACUUGUACUGCAUAUCAGAUAAAGUAUAUGUUCCUUUUUACUGAUUUACAAUGUUUAAUCAUUUACACUGCUGAACUAAUCAUUUAAACGAUAACAAAUGUGUUAUUAACAAUUACAUGACCGGAUGGUCGAAUAUAUAGAGGUUAUGUAAUCUUGUCUACAGUGGUACCAAAUGUAUUUCACGAGUGGGGCUAAUACUUUUUUCCCCCUUUUUUAUACAUUGUAUUUCAAUAUCACAAUGUUAGCCACACAAGUAAAAUCUAUUUUAUUACUUAAGAUACUGUUGGAUAUUGUGUUAUUACAUUCUAUUGCAAAAGCUACCGGGACAGCUAUAAAGUUAUCCCAUGGUCGUUUACGAGCAGUGAUUUGAUUGGUCAAAUCAGAAAAAUGAAACAGUGAAAGAAAAAUCAGAAAAAGUGGGGAUAUUUUACACGUAAAAAUGUAAUAAACAGUUAUUUUGUUGCUUACUGAUAGGUUUUUUAGAGGUAAAAAUCUAUCAAAAUAAAACAUAAUAGUGA